AUGAAUCGCCAGCUGUCUUCGCGGUCGCGGAAACAGCGACUUCCUUGCGAGCAAAAUAUGACCACUUUUCUACAACCGAGCACAGAUAUUGAAGCAGAUUACGAAACUAAGGAGGUUUUUGAAGGUGCGCCUCCAAAGAAGACUGUUCGUUUCAUCAAUGGGUCUCGGAAGGUGUCCGACACUAGAGACCGACAAGCUCAAAUGGAUCACAACGAACAGGAGCGUGGUCGUCGACGUGAAUUGGCGAUCAUUUACGAGAUGAUCCGUACUUGUAUCACGGAAGAGGACAUUCGUCGACAUCUUGAUGGUGCUGGAAAGUGCCCAGAGAAGCUUUCUUAUCCCCAACUUUUGCAGAUAUCCUGUGGCAUGAUUGAGGAUGAAAUCCAUGAUAUGGCUAUUUAUGAUCGCCUUGUAAAAGAAAUUGCUAUCCUCGAAACCGAAUGUCUCAAACUUGGUAUCCCCCUAACUGACAAACCUCAUAUCAUCCCACCUAUGCGGCGUCACGAAAUCGUUGCAGGUGUGGUUGAGGCUGUGUUGAAAGAAGACAAGGCGUCUCGGAAUCGUGAUGGCGACUACGCAAUAUCUCAGCGGGAGCGUGCUCUGGAAGCGCAUCGAAAGCUCACCGAGUUGCUGGGAGAUGAAUCGCAUCCACCAACAUGUGUACCAUCAGCUAGCUCAUUCACUACAGUCUAUGAACCCCGUGAGUUUCGUUCUUGUGGGAGUUCCCGACGGCCUACGCGUCGCAGCAAUCGUAAAAUAACACGGAAACACUCUCUCCGAAACCUUCCUCUGCCUAGCUUUGUUCCUUCCCUCCCCCUUCUCCAUAAUUCUUCUUAUCCAUUGGACCAAGACGAUUUUGAAUUCCCCAACCCCCAUCAGCGGCGUUUUGCCCUGGUGUCCUCCACAUCCUCCCCGUCCAGCUACGUCCAACUUCCAAAUGUCUGUCCAGUGCUUAACGGUGAAGCCUACAGUUCUCCCAUGUCUCGAGAAGAUAGAGCGGUGCCUUCAGUGGAUCAGGAGAUUGUAGACGAGUUCUUCGCGUCUACAGUGAAUGCUGAGUCAAAUUUGGAGGAUGCUGACAUAAUUGGUUGCACUGGUGCGGGAGAUCUCGAUGAUUAUGCCUUCGAUACCCUAUUUGAUGUAAUCGCAACCGAACCUGCGGAUGACUUAGCUAAACUGCCUUUUCAACAGUAA